CCGAAGGCGGAAGUACUUCAGUGGUCAGCCAAGGCCGAGCUCAACGCCAGCGAAGCAGCAAGAUGGCUCACAGGCUGCUUGUGCGCAGAAUUUGGACGCUCUCUGCGAAAGACAUCCGCUGCCUCCCAGCAUCCGCCGCCGCCGCCUCUUCUUUUUCCACCUCUAUCCUGCAGUUCGCCACAACCCGGGCGUCCUUCCUCUCGCCCUCGCACGCUCUGCCUUGCUCCCUCCCUCACACCUCCCUUCGGGGAGUCUCCUUCAACGUUCAGGACCAUGAGGACUUCACGGUCAGGGUGAUCAACAGCGAGCUGCCCGUGCUCGUUGACUUCCAUGCACAGUGGUGCGGUCCCUGUAAGAUCCUCGGUCCGAGGUUGGAGAAGGCCGUUGCGAAACAGAAAGGCCGCGUUGCCAUGGCAAAGGUCGACAUAGACGAUCACACAGACCUGGCCAUCGAGUACGGGGUGUCUGCCGUGCCGACAGUGAUCGCCAUACGGGGAGGGGACGUCGUUGACCGCUUUGUGGGGAUCAAAGAUGACGACGAGCUGGACUCAUUUGUCGGGAAGGUCAUCGGACAAUAGCCUAACCCUGCCAUUCACCGCCGUCAUGGUGCAGUUGUGUGUGGCGAUUACAACUGCCAUCGCCGGCCUGUUAAAAAACCUGCCACAAUCUUAGGUGGCAAACACUCAAAUGCUCACACCCAUCCCUAGACCAACUGUUCCGGCUUUGCAUCAAUGCUUCCGUCUCUGUCUCCUAUUCAUUUUUUGUCUAGAGAUGGGCGUGUGCUUCCAUUUGUUUGUUUUUUUUGCAGCGUUUUCUAUUUCUCUACAGUAAUGUGACUUCUCUCCUCACAAGAGCAGCCGGGCUCUUCAUACGCAUAUAUGUUCAAAAGAUUAAAAGUCAGCAGAAUGGAAAUCACGCCACUGCACGUGUACUGUAAAACAUGAGGGACGAACGUUUUUAGUUUUAGCGGGCGGAAAGGGUUCAACUUAAAAAGCUGACCAUACUGAAUGAGGCUAGUGAGUGUUAACCUGUAGUUCCUGUGUUUGUCCACACGGUGGUGGCGUUUCUCUUAGCAUGGCGAAAGCCACACAUGGGUCGUUUUACACCAGUCUGCCUAAAUGAUGUGAGAGGAAGGUGUGUGUGUGUGUGUCUUGACUAAGGUCAAGUGGGAAUUGCAAAUACAAGUUUGGUUUGGUUUAUUAAUCAAAUGAACUCUAUGUACUGGGAACAAGUGAAGUAAUAAAGGAGUCAGAAGAUGU